CUCGCUUUCGGCCGUGAUGGAUCCCCGGCCUCCGCCCUCCACCCGACUCGAGUCCACGGCGGCAGCGACGGCUCUGGGCCACUUGGGCAGCGUGGAAAAACAGCUUCAGAAUGAAGGGCUUGUGUUCAACAAGGAAACUGUGCAGCACUUUGAAGAUGCUAUUAAAUCCAUCAAGAAACUGGAAGAGGAGAGGAAACACACUAUUGAACUGUGGGAAGAAGAGACCAUCAAAAACAGCAAUCUCCGUGUCCAAAUCAAAGGGUUCCCAGAGCUUGUAAUGAAGGAGUUUGAAGAACUCGUGGCUGCUGCUCAUCGCUAUCGUUUUAUCAAGAUAAAUGAGGCAGAGACGUCCAUAAACGAAAUCUCCAAUGCAAUAGAAUCGGCAUAUUCAAAGCAGACUCUCUCUAAAGACCAAAACGCUCAACUGUGCGAGGAGGAAAAGGAGUUGUGGGCUGGGCACGAAGAAGCUGUUGAAUUGUUGAACGAGAAGAUGGAAGCAAAACAUAAGGUCAACAUUGAGAUAAAUGAGCUUCACAAUUUGAAAAAAUAUGAGCAGGAAGAAAUUUGCAGGCAAGAGAGUGCCAUCCAAGAGCUGAAGCAAAUAAUGGCUCAAGAGGCCACGGAGUUUUAUGCAAAGAAAGAGUGGCUAUAUGCACAGAUUGAAGAAAUCAGAAGUAGGCUUGCGGCCAAGAAGACUGAAGGUGCACAGAAGAAGGAAGAAUAUAUAGCAUUGUAUAACGUAUGGAGAGAUAUGCAGAUAGAAAUUGCUGAUCUUCAGAAGCUCCAUAGUUCUCAGAGGGAUGAGCUAGCAGAAAUGUUCAAGAAUAUCAGACAACUAAUUAAAACAUAUGAAACAAAAAAGGCAGAGAAGGAGGAUCUCAUCAAAAAAAAGUCUGAACUUACACAUAAGGCAGACAAAAUGGGUGCCGACUUCGAUCAGGAAGCAGAAGAUCUGCGACAACGGAUAGCGAGUUUGCUGACCCCUGGUCAAUCGUGUAACCGGCUCUCUCCUUGCCCUUCCCUUGAUAGAUUUGAGAAGUUGUCCAACAAGCUCACCGAAAAGCUUGACUUUGCGGCGAAGCGCUUAGUGGAGUUGAGAGACCUGGAGGAGGAGACGGAACGCCUGCAGAACAUCUACGAUUCCUCACAGACCGGCUACAGCAGAGAGCUAGGAAGUUUAGAGGUAACAUUAAACAAAGAAGCUGAGAGAAGAGAAACCCUUCAGAACCAACUUGCUGAAAUCACAGCCAAGUAUGAGAAAGUUUUGAGUGAUCAGGAAGAGUUACUGACCACUUCAAAGGAAAAGUCAGAUGCUGGUAAAAUGCAUCUUAAUACCUUAACAAAGCAGAAUGAAGAACUCACAGUAGAACUAUUGAGGACCCAAGACUUGGCCAAGCAACUCGCCAGCAAACUGAUUAAAAGGCAAGCUUACUACAAAAAACGUGAUGCCAAAGUGCAGGCGGAAAUCACUAAGCUUGAGAACGAAUAUCAUACUGUAACAAAACUUACAAUGGAAAAGGAAGAGCAACUGAAAGUUAAUAUCCCACUUUCGGAGCAGUUGAGAGUGGAAUUGGAGGAAGUAACCGCUGAAUAUACCAUCCGGAAGGAAUUGUAUGACGAACUCCAGGAAGAAAUGAUCACACUAAAUAAGUGCAUAGACAAGUCGACAAAGGAGACCGCCAAACUCACCAGGCUAAAGUCUUACGCAAAGAACGUAAUAAAGACCAACAGGGAGAAAGCAUUAAAGCAGUUGCAAAGCUUCACAUAUUCUCUGAAGCACCUUGAGAGAGAUAUCUAUGAGAUUAAUAGAAGGCUGUACAUUUUGAACGGAGAAAACGACAGAUUAAGAGCAGGCAUUGCCUUUCUCAAAGAAGAUAUCUCUGAAAUCGAAAGUGAGGCAAAACUCUUUCAGUCAGAGAGGCAAGAAACCCAGAAAGCUACAAAAGAGCUUCAUGAACUUUUUGUCAAGAAGUGGAUAAAGGACUCCAAGCUUCAAAAGUUUUUCUUGCGGUACCAGAAAGACGUCAUGAUUAUUCUGGAUGAGUAUAUAAGGAAAAACAGGAAAAGAAACGACAAGCUUGACUAUGUUUACGACGGGCUGCAGCUAAACUAUAUGGCAAUGGAGUCUCUGUUAGAAGACAAAUCGUACCCAGGUGACGAGGGGCAGGAAUCUGAACAGUAA